AUGGCGACCUUCAUCUCCGUCGGCAACGGGGUCGUCGCCAAAGAUGGCGUGGCCGAGGGCGAGGCCGCGCAGUAUCAAGCCCUCAAGCGCCAGGUGCUCGCGGAGGAGGAGCGCAAGAAGCAGGAGGAACGCGAGAGGCGGGUCAGUCAGGGGUUGCCGCCCGAGAUGACGCGGGAGGAGAGGAAGGAACUGAAGAGGAAGGAGAAGGAGAGGAGAAAGGACGAGGUGGCCAGGGGAGGACAGAGGGAAGGGGGGAGCGGGAGGAGUAGUGGGAGGAGGGUGCUGGGGAUGCUGUGUUUUGGCCCUUAA